GGGUCCGGUUUGGGAUAGAUCUUGAGCGGAUUUGGAGCCCCGCAUUUGGCGUAGACUUCCUGGCGGCUUCCAACAGGAGAUGCGGUCCUCUGUGGCCAAGCAGCGGCUGCUCAUGCGAUCGUACCUCAGGAAGAACAACGUGUCGCGCGAGUUGUCCUUGGCAGUGAAGAAUUGUUUCGACGUCCAGAUGAAGCUGCGCGUCAAGGAGAGCAAUGCGGACCAGGCCCUGGAGGCCGUGGCGUUCCUGCCGCAGAACCUCCGGAUGGACAUCGAGGAAGAGGUCCGCAGCCCGUUCAUGUUCGCGAACAGCUUCUUUAGCGACAUCGACGACUGCAACCCCCGCAUCGUGCGGCAGCUUUGUCACGAGUGCUGCUCGGAGAAGUCCGUGCGCCCGACCGAGGUCGUCUUCGCGGCUGGGGACGCCUGUACUUCUAUGUACUUCGUCAUGGCGGGCGACUUCCAGUACACGCGUCUGUGCCAGAAGUCCGGGGUCGAGCGCCGCCGAGUUUCGGACACGUCGCCGAGGAAGAGGCCGGCUGCGGACGUGGAGGAUCCGGAGGCGCCCGCAGACUCUGACGACUCGGACGCCGAAGAGGACGAUUUCCGCGAGGAGUACGACAUGGGCCGGAGUUCUUGGGUCAGCGAGGCCGUCAUCUGGGUCUCGGCGUGGGGGCACUGCGGCGAGUUCACCUCCGCGGCCGGCGGAAAGCUGCUGGUGCUGGAGGCCGUGAAGUUCGCCAACGUUCUCUCGCAGCACCACGCUGGUGCCUGCGCGUACGCCGGUAGGUACGGCCGCAAGUUCGUGCAGCAGCUGAACGAGAUCCCCGAGAGGAGCUGGUCCGACGUCUUGGACAGCAUCCACAUCAGCAAGGAGGAGAUCUUCGCAGACGAGGAGCAGGCGGCCGCGGCGGCGGAGGACCUCGCUGAGAGGAGCUCCGUGGACAGCAAGGGCAGGACGCUCUCCAGCGCAUACCAGCACUACAUCUUCAUCUCCCACCACAAGGCCGGCGGAGGCACCGAGGCUACGCUAAUGCAGGAGGCUCUAGAGCGCAUAAUCGACAGCGACCUGGAUAAUCCUGGGCACCACAUGAUUGCACCCGUCUUUCUCGAUUCGGAGGACCUGAGCGACUUGAGCGACUUGAAAGGCCACGUGCGCAACACGAUGAACUUGGUGCUGCUGUUAACAGAGGAGGUGCUGAAGCGCCCCUGGGUGCUGGUUGAGAUCGUCACCGCGUAUCAGAAAGGCGUUCACAUAGUGCCGGUCGAGAUUUACAAGCGCGAUGACAAAACUCCAUUCAAGUAUCCCGACGAUGCUUUUUACAAGAAACUUAGCAACGGGGAGCUCCUGACGGAGUCCGAGAACGACCUCCUCAGGGACGAAGGCAUCUCUGUGGACGACCUCGAGAAGGCUUUGCGCCACGUCUUCAAGAAGAUCGCCUUGCCUUUCUCGCCGCACAAGUCAGGCAACGUGCGCGAGGCCGAGCUGACGGACAUCCUCCGCCGCUGCACGGACACCAUCCAGCCCUCCGAUCUUGGCUAUGAGGGUGGAGAACUUCCCGGCGUGCCUGACAGCACGGCUGGCAUCGCGCUCCCCAGAGGCCCGGCAGCGCCCACGGACGCCCACCAGCUCAGCCGCCAGGCCGCGCCGCAGGCGCUAUGCCAACCCUCUCAGACCUCCAGCUUCGGUGCCGUGGCUGGCGCGCAGCCUAAGAGCCCGAGCCAUCAGGGUGCAACCGCUGGCAAGCCUACCCUCAGCCCUGUCGGCGAAAAUCCCGCGUCGCCAGCGACCGGCGAUGCAGCGAUCCCUGUUCGAGACGAUCCUGCCAUCAUGCUGAGCUGAGCCCCUCUGCUCACCGCGGGCGCGGCCAGCCUGAGGCCGACCGAUUCCGGGGGCGGGGGCCUGUGGUUGAGCGGUGGUGUUGGUAGACGCGCUAUGUAGCAGGGAACCGUAGCAGGCGUGCUAAGAGCCGUGCGCCCGAUCCGCGUCGCCUUCCCAUUCCUUUCUAAACAGAUAGGCGCGCGCGUGAGCAUUCGGGGAUUCCGGUUUCCUCGGAUCGGCCGGACGUUGCGAGCAAGGGAUCGACUGCAGAAUUCAUCCCCCCCCA